GUGGUGGAAUCAGUUGGGAAUAAACGGUCAUCAAGCACACACACGUCUUCUCAUUAUUCACCGAUACUAUAUUGGCUAACGAGGAUAAAUUAAGUGUUUUAGUGUUAUUAUUAACGUUAAAAUCAGUGCGUGUACACGUAUCACUAAAAUAAAUCAUGUCCGUGGGAAAAAUCGGCGAGUUUAAUGUAUCAGUGGGAAAUUGGACCUUAUACGUAGAACGCCUAGAAAUGUUUUACAAAGUAAAUGAGGUUAAAGACGAAAUGUGGUUACCUACAUUAAUUGCAGUCAUCGGGGACGAAGCUUACGAAUUACUCAGCAAUUUGGUGAGCCCUAAGAAGCCGGCAACAAUGACCUAUAAUGAGGUAGUUAGCAUCUUUCAAAACCACCUGCAACCGAAACCCUCAGAGAUGGCCGAACGCUAUCGGUUCCGACAGCGGAGACAGCAAUUAGAAGAAACGGUAGCCCAGUAUAUGACGGAGUUGAAAAAACUGUCAAAAUAUUGUGAGUUUGGUGCGAAUUUAGAAGAUAACCUCCGUGACCAAUUCGUGUGCGGUUUACGGAGUGACGUUAUUAGGCAGAGACUGUUCGCGGAGGAAAAACUGACCUACACAACGGCUAUCAAAUUGUCAAUCAGCCUGGAGGCGGCGGAACGGGAUGCGGCGGCAGUGGAGCACGUGGAGCAGCGUAGCGACGGCGGCGGCGGCGGCAGGGCGGCGGCGGGGGCGCCCGUGCUGUCCCUAGCCCCCGCGGGGGCGCGCGCCUCACACGGUCGCGGGCGCACCGCGCCGACCUCGGGAUCGGCUACUGGACAACGGCCGGGAACACAGGCGCCAUGCACAGCAUGCGGGGCGAAUACACACAGCUGGGCUCGCUGCAGAUUCAAGAAUUUUAUCUGCAGCAAAUGUAAACAGCGGGGACAUCUUCGCCGGCAGUGUCCCAACCCAGGGGCAGGCCCGUAUCGCCGCGAUGGCAGGGGCAUCCACCACGUGGACACGCGCCUAGACCAGGCGGCACCGCCGCGGGACGAGGAGUCGGAGGACAGCUUGUCCGAGCUGGAGGAGGACCUUCACCAACUUAGCUUGAACGGCUACAGACCGGUAUAAAGGGCUAUUCAGCGGUGGACUGGGAAGGUACAGCAGGGGCAAGGCGCGGCUCCGUGUCCGCGAGGGCAGCGUGCCCGUGUUCUGCCGCGCGCGCCCUCUGCCGUACGCCCUGCGCGAGCGCGUGGAGGCGGAGCUGGACGGCAUGCUGCGGGAGGGGAUCAUUGAGCCUGUGGAGACGGCGGACUGGGCCACGCCGCUCGUGCCGGUACCUAAGGCCGAUGGAGGAAUACGCAUAUGUGCGGACUAUAAGGUAACCCUAAAUCCUGUCUUGCUGAUCGAUAAAUACCCAUUACCUAAAGUUGAGGACUUAUUCGUAGGAUUAAGUGGGGCUAACUAUUUUUCAAAAAUCGAUCUCUCACAAGCGUACAACCAGAUUGAACUCGAGGACCCAGAAAAUUUAACAGUCAUUAAUACGCAUAAAGGUUUGUUUAAAUAUAAACGGCUAGUUUACGGGUUGUCGUCGAGUCCGGGCAUUUUUCAACGGAUAAUGGCGUCAUUGUUGAAGGACAUCCCAAAUGUACAAGUCUUUUUGGAUGAUAUUAUUCUAGCUAGUCAGGAUAUUAAAACACAUUUGUUAUUAAUUGAGGAAGUAUUUAAAAAACUACAAGACGCGGGCUUGAAAUUAAAAG